AUGGCGCUAACUCGCUUUCGUAUCGGCCCAUGCGGUAUCAAUCUGCCUCAUGUGCACCCCCGUGGCACAGAGACCAUAUAUGUCGUCAACGCCAUGCUUACUGUCGGUUUCGUGGCUGAAAGUAGUCGUCUAGUUCUGAAUGACAUCGAGACCGAUCAAUCAACGUUUUUCCCUCAAGGUCUUCUACAUUAUCAGCAAAAUAUGAACUGUGAGCCUGCUAGUUUCAUCUCUAUUUUGGAUAGUGCAGACCCUGGACUAUCGGUAAUUGCUGCUGCUCUCACUGCGCUUCCCGAUGAAGCGCUCAAAGCUGUACUUGACGAGGAUGUCUCCUUCGUCACACAGCUUCGUCUGGGGCUACCCGCAGGUCCGGCGCGAGCUCGUUCCGAGUGUUUGGCACGUUGCAGCAUGGCAAUGGACACCCCUCUGGAUCCUUAA